CGUGGUAGUCUGAUGAGUCGUCAUCAUGUUUCUCCGUUAGAAAUUGAAAAUAUCUCUGAUGAGCAAGAUUGAAACAUGCUGCGAAUAUUAUAUACUCUUGAGGGGGUAGAUAGAAGUGGCAAUAAGCCAGGAUUUCAUAAGAUAUCAGGAGAGACAGACUUGAAUGCAAGCAGACCAGCAAGCUUAUUAACUACCCAUAUAUAUCAGGGCCUUGUUGCAGUCAGCAGCAGCAAACCCGCUGAUAAUAAUGGCAAGUAUACGGUUUCAACCGAAAAAUCUAACGACGGCCAAUAUCGUGCUCAAGAUGAUGGGCGGUAUCAUCCGAGUUCGGCUGAAGAAGGUCGUUAUCAUCACAUGGUGCAGCCAUAUCAGCAUGUGAGCGAUAACCGUGAACUUGGUGUUUAUCAUCAUAUUCCUUACCCAUACGAUGGUGGCUAUGGACCAUAUUCGGGUCUCAAUCGCCCCUAUGUGCACGAUGCCAGACCUUACAACCACGAUCUGUACACAUCGACAACAACAACCACGACGAAGAAGCCGACCACAACAACACCACGCACCACAACAACAACGACAACAACCACAACCACGCCUCGCCCCAUACUCUUCAACUACGACGACGAGGGCGGCCAUAAGAUUCUGCAUCAGGAAGAGAUCCGCAAGAAGGACAAAUACGAUCAUGCUUUCCUGACCGAGAACGGAAUCUAUGGCGAGGAGCAAGCGAAGUUACAUCAUGGCGGCGGCACCCAUGCCAAGGGCGUCUACGAAUACACCGGUGAUGAUGGCAAGCUUUAUCGUGUUAACUACGCAUCAAAUGAUCGAGGAUUCAUGCCUGAGGGUGAUCACAUUCCGACUCCGCCACCAAUUCCAGAGGCCAUUGCCCGUGCCCUGAAGUAUGUGGAGGAGCAGCACAAGGCUAACGGCAACCAGCCACUGUUCGAUCAUCGCGGCUUCCGUAUCAACCACAUGACCAAGGAGAUCAAGGCUCAACUUAAGGCCAUCCAUCUGGAUCAAAUGCCCAAGGAGCUGAGCGAUCAGAUUCGCAUGCUGGAGCACGAGGUCGAGUUGGCCGAGGAGGAGGAGGCGCGCGAGCUCGAAGAGCUGCGCAGGAAGCACUAACUCCGCUUCGAAGUGAGCUCCCCACAUUGCUGUGUUCUCAUCUAAAGCCAUAGGGAUUGUGUUGUGCCCAGCACUUUCUGAAAUCCCCCCGCCCCAAAACCCCCUAAACCAUAUAAACGUCCCGCCCAUUCCCAUGCAUUUGCCGCCAGCAGCUGGCAAAACUAUAACAAGCCAUCGAAAAACUGAAAAAAAAAUCU